UUUCUGGGAAUAGUUGAUGUGAAGUUCGUGAAAAUUUAAAGUGAAUGGUAAAGUUUGGGGGGUGUUUCUUUCAUAAACCAUGGAAUCUGUUUUCUUCUGCAGAUCUAGUCGAUUCAUUAUUUCCUUUCUUCUUUUUGUCCUCUCCGAUUUGCUUCUGAUUGUGUAAAUCAGGACUUCUGUAAUGGAGCCAUGGAGGUGUAAAUAUAUGCAAGCUGAGAUGUAUGCUGUUCAGAAUGGCAAAAAUCGCGGUCUUGAGAAACCAAUUCCAGGAUGUUUGGGAAGAAUGGUAAACCUUUUUGACUUGAAUGGCAGUGUUGCAGGGAACAGGUUGCUCACAGAUAAACCUCAUAGAGAUGGUUCCCUCUCGAGGAGCCAAUCAGAUGUGGCAAGGAUGUCUCCAAGUGAGGAUCAAAUUGAGGAUAAAGAGAUUGUGUCUGAAUUGAGGAGAAAUAAUUCAAAAAUGAAAGCAAAUGGAACACCAAUGAAGAUGCUUAUAGCAGAAGAGAUGUCCAAAGACAUGGCCUCCAAGCAUAAUCCACCUAGUGUUGUAGCAAAUUAA